AUGGCUUCUUACGCCGUCAAGGAUCGCUUUGCUGUCGUUACGGGUGGCGGCUCCGGCAUUGGCCAUGUGCUCGUCAAGCUGCUCCUUGCUGCGGGGUGCUCUGUCAUCAUUGCUGAUUUGCGCCUGAGGCCUGAAGCCGAGGAGACAAUCAGCAAAUAUCCUCACCCGGCGGCUGAGUCCAAUAAGCCAUCUGCUAUAUUCGUCGAGACUGACAUAUCUGACUGGACCCAAAUUUCUUCGCUAUGGAAGACCGCUCUUGAGAAGUUUGGGCGAGUUGACAUCGUGGUAAGCUGUGCCGGAGUCUAUGAGCCCCCAUCAAGCUCCUUCUGGUACCCGCCUGGCAUUUCACCCCUUUCUGAGGACGCCGAGGACGCCAAGGUGGGCCAGUACAAGAGCUUUGCCAUCAACACCGUCGGGCCAAUUCGACUGGCACAGAUUGCGAUUGACUACUGGCAGCAGAAUUCCGAGGUCAAGGGAAAUCUGCUGUUUGUCGCCAGCAUGGGUGGCUACAUGCACUCCAUGCAAGCUCCCUUGUACUUUGCAAGCAAAGCUGCCCUGGUCAGCAUGGUCAAGUCUCUCGCCGGCCUAAACAGGGCCCUUGGCAUCCGGAACUCGGCUGUCUGCCCCGGCCCUGUGUUUACGCCCAUCUUUGAACAAGAUUAUUGCAAGGAUAGGCUCAAAAGAGGCGAUGUAGCUCUUGAGCCGGAACAUGUUGCAGAUCUGAUUAUGAAAGUUCUGCAGGAGCCACAGUAUGGAAACGGGAACAUCGUGGAGAUCUUGAUGGCAGGCAGCAAAGACGACCAAUCAGUCAAUGUACGCGAAGUAACAUUGGAGGCCUUGUACCCGACCGUGGGCCCCUUGGAUGCAGGUACCCGAGCCAUGGCAGAGGAGCUCAAGUUUUUCGAGCAGGUGAAGGAAAAGGGAAUGCGAAGAUAG